AUGUACCUUCCGCCAAACGGCGAAGGUGACCGCUACGAUUACAUCUCCGACUAUGAGUGUAUUUUCAAGCAUCCCGUGAGUCACGCGGGUAAUAAACAAGAGCAUUGGAAGAAAUUACAAGACGCCAAAACUCGACUUGGGGGAACAACCAUGCAAAUAAGAGAACUUGCCCACUUUACAAACCCAGAAGCUGCCGAUCAGAUCGUUAGUGAUCAUGGCUUCAGAGCGGGGCUGAAGAAGAUCGACAAAGACGAAAACGAUGAUGACAUCAUCGCAAACCUCUCGUGGUGGAGUCCCAUAUUUACAGAGGACGAGAGAAAGAACGUGCGCGAGCAUCUUGCAGAAGUGAUAAAACCUUUCACUGAAGAAAGGGAGGAUGACCUCGAUGCUUUGAAGAACCAAUUCGCGACUUCUGAUGCUUUCCAGCCCAAUCCGUUGCGUUAUGGAAACCACUUAUUUCAGUAUGAAAUAAACGAGUUGUGUGACCAUUACAGUCAACUUAACUUAUCGAUGGCGAGCCGCGUUACAAAAUAUUGGGAACGUUUGGUUACAAGCAGGAGGUUAACUAGGUUAAGCAUUCUGUUCUGGUAUGUAGCGAAACAGAUAGCGCCGGGAAGUUUGAAUGCUACCCCGAUGUUUUAUUCCCAAUGGAAGAUUUCUACAGUGAAGCUGUCAUAA